UGUGUUAAAUGUGGGGAAACUGAAGCCGCCCAGUGGGGGUACGGGUCUCACUCAAGGUCUAGAGAAGGGCCAGUGGCCUCCCCUCUUAAGAGUCAGAAACCCUUUGGUUAAUUAUCCAUUGACAAUAUCCUGGACAGACCUGCGCAGGUGUAUUUUCACUAGUUGGCCUCUGAUUCCUCCACUCCAUCCCUCAAGACUCCAGGCCACGUUCCUGCUGAAGGGAGCCUGGGGCCCCCAGAGAGCUGUCAGGAAGAGUCCACUGUGUCCAAUGAGGUCACAAAGCCCGCCCCUCGCAGGCCCCUCCCCCAGGCCAGGGCUGACCACCCCCAAAGGGCCAUGGCCAGGCCCUGGGGAAGCUCCACCCCCUAGGACCACUGGGCUCCGGCAUCUCUGAAGCCCAAAGGGCCAGGGCCGGUGGCUGGUGGGGGGCUGGGCAGGCCACACGCCAGGGCACCGGGUCGCUGGCUCCACGCCGCAGAUGACCCACCCUUUCUGCAGCCACCAUGAACUGGCUUCGGAACAUCAAGGGCACGGAGACACGCCAGGGACCCCCGGCAUGGGUCCCCACUCUGGGCGAGCUGCAGAAGACCCUCCGGAAGGGCGAGUACCUGCCCCUCUGCCCGCUGCCCAUGUUCGAGAGCAACUUUGUCCAGGUGACCAAUCGAGGGGCCCCAGUGUGCAUUCACCACAAAACCCACCGUGUGACCAUGGGCAUGGCCGCCUCCCUGCCGGCCCUGAGGCUGCCAGACAUCCUGUUCAUCGCUCAGCCUGCCGAGGGCAGGGAGGGCUCCAGCCUCGCCCUCACCAGGUGCCUCCAUCCUGCCAUCCCCAGCGGCCCCGCCCCCCCACCUGCCCUGCGGCCUCCAACUCCUGCCUCCUCCAGGAUGAUCCCUCUGGACCUGGCCCACCUCUGUGUCCACGACCUGUCCACCUGGCGCCUGAAGCUGCACCUGGUCACAGGCCGUUAUUACUACCUGGAGCUGGACGCCCCUGACAGGGAGGGGGGCUUCCUGUUUGACUGCUGGGUCCGCCUCAUCAAACUGCUCCGGGAGCCUGCUGACACCUGGACCCCCAGGACCCUGCCAACCCCCCUCAGCAACCUGGCCAGGACAGCAACUCCAGCCUCCACCUGGAGCCUCCAGGACCAGCCCCAGAGCAGACGCUCAGUCAUGAUUAUUGAGCCCACCUUUCCUUAUAAGAUGCAGGCAUCUCAGAGGCAGAAGAAGGCCAAGCCGCUCAAGCACCCAGUCAGGUCUCAGGCUGUGGGCGACUCCGUGCCCCUCAUCUGGUCGAAGUUGAAGCAUGAUACUAGAAAGAAAUCCGCAGAGAAGAGGUCCCAGCCAGGUGUCUCCCUUGACCGACCUCAGCCCCAGAUCCAGGCUUCCAAGAAACCCAGCAUCACCAGCGGGACCACCUCCGGCGUCAUGUCCAAUACCACCGACCAUGUGCAGCCUUCCCCCCAGGCAGCUGGCCCCGGGUCUGAGGGGGAGGCUGGGGGAGGGCCCCGGGCUGAGGGAGAAGGGCUAGGGGCCUGGGUCUGUGCGUCUCCCUUGGCCCUGACCAUUCUUCCUCUCCCCUCCAUCCACCUACAGGUUUGCUCAUCUUAUUGUCACGUGGGCACGGUCCAGGUAGGGUUAGUUGAGACCCCGAUACACUGUAUCUCAGACAAUGGCCAUGAUGCUCCCUUGCUGGGCUCCUGUGACCACCUGGAUAUGCACCUGUGGCAGGAGGACACUGAAGAACUGACGGACCCUGAAUCCAGAACCUUGUCCUCUUCCCCUCUCUGCCCACGCGCCACCUCUCCACACUUCUACCUCUCUGCCCCCUCCUCCUCCUUCCCCAGGUGCACUGGAAAAGCCAGGCCUCUGGGCUCUGCACAGAGGCUACAGCCUCCGCCCUUCCAGAAGAUCCCAUCCACAGUCCCUGCUGCCUCUCGGAAGGUUCCAUUUCUCCUUGACCACUCUCGCAAGGUCUCGGCUGCACAUGCCCCAUCCCAUGAGGCCCUGGCUGUACCUGCUACUCCCCAGAAGGCCCCAGUCGCACCGGUCCCAUCUCGGAAGGCCCAGCCUAUAACAGCUGUUUCCCAGAAGGCCCCAGACUUACCUGCCCCAUUUCAGAAGGCUCCACCUGCAUCCUCAAAAGCCGUCCCAAACAGGAAAUCUUUGUGCAUUCCAACCCUCUCCCAGAGGGCUCUGACCUCACCUACACAAUACCAGUUAACACUGGACCCUGCCAAUUUGGGCAUGUUGCCCAUGGAAAGUCAUGGAGGGGGUGUGCUUGAGAGAAGCGGGCUUGUAGGGAAGCCAGAGUCACCCAGGAUGCUGGUGGGCACCCAGGAGACAAACACGGUAGAGGCGAGGACUCAGAAGACAUUCCUGGAGCUGCCUUCCCCCACCACCCAGAGGGAGUCGGAGGAGGUCCUGACCAGCAAAACCCAGGAGAUCAGCCUGGACAGCUCGAAGGGCAGGGGCAGGUUGGAGGACAGGGUCCACAGGGUGAAGGAGAAGAUAUCUGUGGGCAUACCUGGCUUUAAAUCCAAGGAGGUGGGGCAGCAGAAGAGGGUCAAGACCCAGGAGCCAGCUGUUGAGGAGGCCGUGCAGGAGCACAGGAGGCCCUUCUUGGUGGAGAGUCUUGCCCUUGCCAAGCUGAUGUUCAUGGCCAACUCGAAGGAGCUGCCCUCGAGACUAGCGGUGGUCAGUCUGCCCUCCUGGUUCUCAGCACCCCACCCCCGCCGGUGUCUGCUGUGUCAACUGUGGGCACAGGGCCCCUCAGCCCCAGCCAGGUGUCCUUGCUGGAGGGGACAGCAGUGGCAGUGGGACGAUGUAUCUGAGUUACCUGUCUCGCUGAUCCCUGUCUCAAAGAUGGAGGCCGAGGUAUCCCGACAGCCCAGGGGAGGAUCUCAAGAGACCGGGAAGAUGCCAGACCAGCACAUCACGGCCACAGCAGGGUUAUCUUUGGAGAUUCUUUCACGCACGCUCUUGGAAACUGAGAAUAUGGGAGACACGGCCCCCAAGGAGGACACUACCGAAGAGGAGCUGGGCGGCUCCACUCUGCGUAGGUAUUUGGGGUGAUGGCUAACAUGUGCCAUUGACUCCAUUACCUGCAAGGGAGAGACAAUCGUUCCCUCUCUCCACGUUUGCUUGUGCACUCAAUAUAUAGUGAGUGUCAGCUAUGUGCCAGACAUUGUUGUAGGCACUAGGGAUACAGCACCGCGCGGUUUGGGGAGGAUGUGCCCCUGGAAUCUUGCGGGAGGAGCCCAGGGAUGCUGGUGAACAUCAUAGUGCACAGGACAGUCCCACAGCAAAGAGUGGUCCCGCACAAAAUGUCAGGAGCACUGGAGCUGGGAACUCUGACAGGAAAAAUAAGUGAAUUAUUUGUAAGACAGAAGGUUGUAGUUCUGUCGGAAAAAGAGCAGGAUAGGGGAGAUUAGGAGUGGGGGCAGCUAGGCUCCAGUACUGGAUGGGAUGGCCCAGGGGUGCCUCAGUAAGCUGCUGUCAUUUGUGUAAAGACCUGAAGGAGGUGAGGGAGGAAGCGUGUGCACAUCUGGGAAAAAUGUGCUUGCUGCAGAAGGAACAGCCACUACAAAGGCCCUGAGGCAGGGGUGUGCUCAAUGUGGUGGA